UGAAUCCACUGUUCCCCGCCAUUCUUCCGCCGUUGCUCGCGAGUAUAAACAACUUAUUUGCAUACUCAUUAUUUAAAACUUGACAUCUGCUCGAGUUAUAUAAAAAUUUGCAUACAAUUUUCCUAUAUAAACUUUCUUAACCGCCACCAAAUUACCAUACAGGUUAACGUGUUAGCCAUCGACUUCUUAUCGUGAGCUCGAGUUCGGAAUGAAGAUGAUGAUAUCUUUCGUGUUGACUGCCAUAUUUUUCUCUGGAAUAAUAGCUGCAAAAGAUAAAGAUAAAAAGCAAUUCGAAAAUUGUCUUAGUGAGAAAAAUAAAAAAUGCAUCGAUGAAGUCAUCGAAAAUGCAAAUAAUGGAACAUACCAGAGUCUCAGAGAAAGUAUGAUAAAAUGCUGUAAUAAUAAUGAAAAUAAUGAAAGAGUUGUAUGCUUCUUGCGGAAAAUUCAAGAAUUUGAUAUUUGGAAGUGCAUUCAGAAAAGUUACGAUUGCAUUUUAAAUAAACUGGAUAUGAAUCCUGAAUUAAAUAAACUCUACACAGAAUUUAAGGAGACAAAACAAUGCGACGAAUAUAUAGAUAAUCUAAAGAGUAAUUUUGUAGAAAGAUUUUGUAUAAAUUAUGAAACCAACGACGGUGAUCUGAAAUAUGCCUGUUCACAGCCGAAUUUAUUCGCUUAGAAGCUUGUGAAUAAAGGAAUUUAUUCGCUU